AUGGCAACAAUUCUGCUCUCUGGUGGCCAAUACAAAGGUUCAAAGAACAAGAAUCUAAAAAUUGAUUUUGAUAUCCAAAUAAGUGUUCUAGAUACUACUCUUCCAGUUAUUAAUUGUGAAGGCGUUGGCCAGGCCUUUAACAUUGAACGUGGCGCCACUGUCACCUUUAAUGGAUUCUCAAUUGUCAAUUGUUCCGCCUCUUUAGGAGCCGCCAUGUCCAUAUCCAGCUCCACUGUGUUUAUGGAGGAUUUCAGUAUCUCCUCUUCCAAGAGUGAUAUGGGUGCCAUUUUUGCCAACAACUCCAUGUUAUACAUCUCGUCCUCAUCGUUCCAAAACAACACUGCCCUAGAUGAUGGAGGAGCUCUUUUCCUUUCCUCAUCUUCAGGAGAGAUCAAGAAGUCUCUGUUUGUUGGAAACAAACGAGUAUUUGCCAAAACUACAGUACCAAGCAACAUUUUUGCCUUUGACCGCUCCAUAGUACUUGUUGACUUUGCAAAGAUGAACAACUUUACCUUCUCCUCAACAUGCUCCAACUCCUCAAUCUCCAACCAACUCGGCCAAUCCUUUUGUGACUCUGUUGUUUCUUCCUCAAUCCCCUCAGCCAUUGGCAAUGCUUCUUGCAUAAAAGAUGGUGUUUGCAACCCCUUGAAUGAGAACUUCUUCUCAUGUCCGUCCGACUGCCCCUCGACCUCGUUCUCUGGCUUUCUACAAACAGACUAUCUCUGCUUGUACAACCGCUCCAACUCCAAUUGGUACAAUUGCAGCCUGUUCCAAAAUGCUCCUCAGUCCCUUCCAACCUUCCAUGUAAUGGACAAUGUUGACGGCCCUCUCUUGGGCAAUCUGACUGGAUACUUCAACAUGCCAUUUGAUGGACCAAUCACCUUAUUGAUCAACAUAUCCAACCUCAACCUCAACGUCUCCAUCAACAGACGUCAGUGUAUCACCUAUCAGUUCGACCCCACCAUUAGGUACAAACAACUUGAGUGCCGCCAAUAUCUCGUGCGUGACCAAAUCAAUCAGCUUGUGAUUGACUACUCGUCCAACUCAAAGUUCACCAACCCCAGGAAGGUCUCGAUAGUUUACAAGUUGGGUGAUAGAAAUGACUUCAAACCCCUCGACAUCAUCAAGUUCUCCCGCAAUGUCUGUGGAGACAACAUAUUUGACAAAGAAGAAGAUUGUGAAGUUGAUAAAGUAUCCGGAUUCGGCCAUCGGGACCACCUGUUUAUGAACAGCACCUCAAAGUGUGGUGAUGGUAUCUGUAAUGAGGAGAACCCGAACCAAUGCCUUGUGGAUUGCAGUCGAUACAUCACUGAACGUUGCCCCGCCCUUAACAUUGAGAAGGGUAGAUUGGUGCCAUUCUCUGUCCGCUCAGACACUCUUGGAAAAAUGUUAUCCAACCGAAUGAUCUGGGGACUUCCAGGUUAUCAACAUAUGUCUUUUGCGAUUAAUAUUGUGAAUGGUGUCCAGGCUGGUUACCCAAUCCUCCAGCUCUCCUUCUGCAAUGACAAGGAGUCUAGUUACAUCGAGGACGUCUUCCGCAAUGCAGUGUACCAAGUUCCAAAGGAAAUUUCUGCUGUUCCCCAGCCCCGAUGCACCUUCUCCGUCACCAACAAGAUCUGGAGCAGUUCCAGUGAAAUGUCUUCUGAAAUGUCAAAGAGCACGGCAUACAGCAUAGGUGCCAAUGCUAAUGGAAACUUUGAUUCAGUUGGUGUCCAAGCCUCGGUGGCCUUCUCCCGGGAACAAUCUACUUCCACUGCUUCCAAGUUGAGUUUCCAGAAGUCUGGUAGUUUGAUUGAUACUAGUGUCAUUUGUUCAUCCUCCAGUGUCCAACUGACCGAGUUUGUCUUCCACCCUCACUUCCUUGAGGACUUAGCAAAUGCAGAGUCAGACCAAGACUUUGAUCUACUACUUAUCAAGUAUGGAACCCACAUCUAUCACACUGCUAUCCUCGGUGGCCAGUUAAAGCAAAUAACCUUCACCUCUAAGUCAACUCAUUCUGCGGAUGAGAAGUCAGAGACAACUCAACAAACAUCAAUGGCUUUCAGCACUGCUGUGACCUCCCCUGUUUUGAAUGUCCACGGGGACUACUCUUCCAACACCAACUCAGCCACAAGCUCAGACUCCAUGAACUCCUUUGCCAAGUCUAGUUCCAGAUCCCAGAUCAUAUCAAAGGGUGGCGCUCCGGGAAGUUUCGGACCUUCAGCCUCGAGCGCCCCAACUACAUUUGGUGAGUGGGCAUCAUCGGUAGAUAUGUUGCCGGUUCCUGUCAACUACACUCUCAUACCAAUCAGAGGUAUCCUAAAUCCUUUGUGGAGAACAAGGAACGAGGCCAAUCUCACAGAGAUGUGGACAUCAGCUGAGACUAGAAUGUAUAAGUACGUCCAGGACAACCCAGAGUCAUUGUCCACAGGCUAUUCAGAUAAUGUUUAUAAUGCCACAUUCUUCUGGGUUCUGGGUAUCCCUCUCAGCCCUGUCACGAUCCAGUCCGUGUACAACAGUACAAUCAGGUCAAGAGUUAACACUGCGGCAAUCCUGGGUUUUGAUUACAACUCUUUGAUUGACAAAAUCGACUUUAUUGAUGGCACUCUCGUCCAGACUGUGUUCCAGGCAAACCUUGACCCAAGAGUAUUCAACAUCACCUUUUUGCUCCAGGACCGAUCCAAGUUCAACAUGAUCACAAGAAGGAAUCAGAUCAGCAAUGCUCAGGGAAACGUCUUUGAAAUCAAGAACAAGAUAUUCCUCAAGUCACAGACUACUAUCAAGUUGCCCGGCAACUACAUCUGGGAGAACAACUCCAUCUCCACCAACCCAAUAGACAUCCCAAUCUUUGAUAGCUAUGAUUUUGACAAGGAGGGCAACCUAGUUGCCGAGGACAAUACCAAAGGAAGAAUGGCCUAUCUCUAUGUACCCCCGAUGGCAAUGGACUACAAAUACCUGGCGAUUAACAUUCACAUUGGAGGUUAUGUCCGGGUGGUCUAUAUUAACAACAUUAAUGUUCCACAGGGCAAAUGGAGAUUGUUUGAAGUUCCUUCAAGUGUUGCGGCAAUGAUACUCGUGGCUACUGCAAUAGACUACUCGCCAAACUAUGAUUGGAUAGCGGGCAGAGACGGCGCUGUUAAUUGGUAUACUUCUGGAUUCUCAGAGCCAGGUGUUCCAGAGUAUCCUGGCCAUUGGUUCAUGCAUAACGACGACAGCAAGAAACAUGUCACUGAUCUUGGUGUUCCAGAUGGCUGGCCAUACAUGGCAGUCACCACCAAAUACAUACAUGGUGAUGAUGAUCGUCGUUACAACGAGUUGGGCAAUCCCUCGUGGGACGUAGAUGUUUCUAAGAUCAAGAUCUAUGGCACCAACGCUAUCUUCCAGCCGAUCCCCUAUAACUCGUACUUCUUCUUGGGCAAUGGUCAGUCUCAGUACAUUGUCCUCCGCAUUGGUGAUUCAAAGCAACUCUUCACAGGCAGUGGCAUGAAUGAUCAUCCGCUGGAUCAAUUCAGUGUGGGUCGUCUAUCAACUGUUGACACCAUCAGACAUAUCAACAGAAUUGAUAAUGAUGAUUGGUGGAAGGCGGUGGUCAACCAACUCCCAUCCCCAUCAUUUAUCCCGCCAAACAUGGAUGAUAUUGUGAGCAGUCUACCUGAUGCUGAUGACUAUUAA